AUGUCUUUUGUGACGGGAAGUGUUGAUUGCUAUUGUGGUCGUAGGGCUGUGAUACGGACCUCAUGGACGACCGAGAACCCUGGUCUGCGCUUCCAGGCUUGCUUGAAGAACGAGGAAGGAGGAGGUUGUGUUUUCUUUGACUGGUAUGACCCCCCAAUGUGUCGUAGGGCUAAAGCAUUAAUUCCUGGACUUUUGAAGAAGAUGAAUGCAAAUGAAGAAGAUAUUUUGAAGCUGAAGAAAGAGACACUAGGGGGUUUGGGGCUGAAACUGAGGACAUCUUCAAUUGUUGAAAUGGAGUUGGGCCUGGCUUAUGGGGCUGCAUGUGCUGAUACAUUGUGCUAUAAGUCUGGCUUUCAAUGGCUGCAACCAAAUCUUCAUCAGAAAUUUGACUAA